AUGCACGACUUUCCGAUAGAACUUUCCCUCAAUGAUACUCCAAUAAAGCAAAUUUCCUCAGCUACAACAACAGUACGUUGUCGAAGAAAUUCUUCUUUUAUUACAACUAGUUUGGUUAAAUGUAAUAAUAAUCAAAAUAUUGUUGUAGGCGAAUGUGGAAUGAAUCGACAACAAGAGUAUCAAGAAGAGGAGGAUGGGAAAGAUGAUGAUGUGAAAAACAGUGAUCUACCAUUAGAAGAUUUAAUACAACAAUUACUCGGUGAAUUACAACAGACUAAAGCAUUGGUCGUUGAACUUGAAUCCAGAUUGGAACUGACCGAACAAACCAGUCAAGUAAUUGUCGAAGAAUUAAAAAAUUUGUUAUCAGAAAAUGAGUAA